GAUUUGUGAUUGUGAUUAUUCUUGACUUAUUAAGAUAGAAAAAAUAAUGAAAAAUGCGAUUCCUAAAGUAAUUCUUACCUAGAUUUCGUUUUAUAAACAACAAUGGGUGACGAUAAGAAGAAAGUGAAAAUCUGCCGUGUGUGUUUGGGUACAAACGUGAAAAAGUGCAUGUCUCUAUUCGAAAUAUACAAAGAUUGUCUCAUUUACGACUACGUCAAUACUAUAGCUAACGUUAAAAUACAGAAAGAUGAUGGUUUCCCGGACAAAAUAUGCUUGGAUUGCCUGUUGGAGCUGGAAACGGCGAUACAUUUCAAGCAGAAAUGCGAGAGUUCCAAUGUCAUUUUGCAGUCAGCUCAGUUGGAGAAGCUUCCCGUCGUUUCUAUCAACAACGCGAUAGCUGAGAUCGUUAUUAAAAAAGAAGAACCCUUAGAAGAGCCUUACGAGUAUUUAGAAGAGGAUGUGCAUUUUAUAGACUCAGCUGAUCUACUCUCGGACGCCAAACUAGAGGAUGAUGAAGGCAAAGGCGUUAAAAAAAGCCGAGCGAUAGAUUUAAAAUUAGAAUGUCACGACUGCGGCAACUUAUUUAAAAGCAAAUGUAAAUUACGUGUGCACUGGAAGAAGGUUCAUCUGCCGGAAGCUUUAAUAUGCUCCAUUUGUAAGAGAAUGUUCAAGUCUUUCAAGGCGUUUAACAGGCAUCUGAAGUCAAACAGACAGAGCUGUAAAACUGCCGCUAACGUUAGAAUAGAAGGUACGGGAAGGAACAGAAUAUUCCAUUGUAAGGAAUGUAAUUAUAAGUCUAAAAGAAUUAAAGAUAUGCAGUCACAUCUCGUUAUACACACUGGGGACCGUCCAUAUCAUUGUGACAAGUGCCCUGCAAAAUUUACUCAGCAGAGCUCUCUACAGAGCCAUCAGGAGGGCUCACACAAGCUCUACAAAGUCGAAAUAACCUGCCAGUACUGUGGAAAGUUUGUCCGAGGCCGCUCAAAUGUGUACCGUCACUUAAAAACACAUACGGACAACCAGCAUCAAUGUCAAGUGUGCAGCAAGAUACUACAGUCAAAGAAAAGCCUGGCGACACACAUGCAGAGGCACAGCGGAGUUAAACAAUACACAUGCGAAGUUUGUGCCAAGUCAUUCUACACAGGCGCAGAACUCUGUAAUCAUAAACGAAUGAUUCACAUGAAGGGCAAGUAUUGGUACUUCUGCAAUGUCUGCGAAUACAAAUCUAUAAGGUCGGAAAAAGUGAAGAAGCACAAAGCAAAACAUACAGCGACCAAUAUCCCUUGUGUUGUAUGCGGCAUGUUUUUUGAAAUGCCCGAUAAACUUAUCCAGCAUCAACGGAAACAUUUCGGAGAGAAGAAGUUCCCUUGUCCAUUGUGUGACAAACGGUUCUUCAGGAAAGACACUGUUGGAAAGCACAUACGAUCAAAACAUAAAUGUCAGAUGCCUACUCUUAUGGUGGAGAAGAGAGUUGUGGUCAAAAAGGAGGCGCCCAUCGCCCCUGCUGAUGACUUAAUAGAGAUUGAACUGUCACCUGUCAUAGAAAUUAAAUAGUUUAAGUAAUUUAUUAAAUUGAAUUGAUUCCUAAUGUAUCAUAAGACUAGCAUGAUGUUGACGUUUAUAGAAGUUUCUGUUAAAAAAAAUGUGGUAAGGUCAUGAUUGUAAAGUUUAUAGCAUUUUAAAGUAAAAUUACUUUAGCUAGCAUCCCAAUAGACCUAUACUGCUGACUAUAAUGACCUAUUUGUUUUAUGAAAACGGAUUAUAUCGCGUAUGUUGAAUCCGUUUUCAUAGUUUUAUUUCAUGAGUAACUAUCGCGGUAACAGCAGAAGACAAUACUAUAUUUUUUAAACAACUACAACGGUACAUGCUUAUCAAAUGCAGAUCAAAGAUUUUCUUUUUUUUUUUUGCAAUUUUUUAAGUAAGUAAAAAUUGAUAAUUUAAAAAUGCUGAAUAAAUGUGGCUUUCCACAGAGGAAGCUUCCCUUUGCACAGGAAGCAUAAGGAUUAGUCACAAAUUUGAAAUAAAUUAGAAUAUCGUAGUACAUCGUAGUCUUCAGUUGUGAUUACAGUGAAAUUUUACUGUCAUAAAUGCUAUGUGAUGUUUCAUGGGCCAUAUUGGCUUUUCUGCCAAAAAUGUUGGUGUUUGUACUUAUUGAUAGAACAUGUGCAAUGCGAUAUUUUAAGAUUUUAAUUUGUAUUUAUGGCUUAAGAGCCCAUCAACUUGCUCACUAGCGCCACUGCCAAAUAACUGUGAUUAUUUAAAUUUAAUGAUAGAUAUUUAAAAAAGGGGGCCGCUACGUGCUGUAUUUUGUAUUUAACUACCUUUUGAAUACAUCAAACUAGUUUUAAUGUUGCUGGAUUCGUCGAUCUAUGACCUCAAAACAAAAACGGCCGUUUUAACUUCGGACGCAUAGAUUGACGAAUCCAGCAACGUAAAAACUAUUAUAAAGUAUUCAAAAGGUACUUAAAUACAGAAUACAGUACGUAGCGGCCCCUUUUAUAAAUAUCUAUCGUUAAAUUUAAAUAGGUAAUCAGCAUGUUGAUGGGCUCUUAAAAUAGAAUAUCAGUGCAAUAGAGUAGGCUUAAUGUGGACCUUGGGGGGCAUGAGUCGCACAAAUGCGAGCAAAUAUUAAGAGUCUCCGGCAAGCUCGGCCAAAUUUCCCCUUCCCAUACAAAAGGAAUUCUCGUUUU